CCACUCCACUCUCUCUUCUCUCACCUCUAUGCUUUUUUUCUCUAAGCAUUGUUUCAACUUAAGCCAUUUUCUUUUUCUUUAUUCGAAAUCAAAUUGGCAAAGUAUAGAAGAAAGAUUUGUGUUAUAAUGGGGUUGAGGGAAUUUUAUUAGUUAAAGAACCUCCUCCUCUGAGACAGAGAAAGCUAGUCAUAACCUUGUAACUCUUUCUUCUUCCUUUUUUGGGCUGAAUCUUACUUCUUUCUUUCUUAGAGUUUGAUAAGAUAUAUCUUCUUUAAAACCCUUAACUUCUGGGAGUUUUCAUGUUCAUAAGCUGGAGUUUCAAUGUUUGAGCGAGGUCAUGAUGAUAGCCUUUUUCUUUUCCAAUGGGUUUUAGGGUUUAAGUGAGUUUUUAUAUUCGUAUGAGGUUGAUCUGAGUUUGUGAUUCCCCCUAAAUUUAGUCUCUCUCUCUCUCUCUCAAGAGAUUUGGAAUUGAGAGGAAACUAGGUUUUCGUUUUGUUACCUUGUGCGGAAGAAAAAUGGAAGAAGUUGAAGCUGCAAACAAAGCAGCCGUGGAAAGCUGUCAUGGAGUCUUGAAUCUCUUAUCACAACAAACCAAUGAUCCCAAAGCCAUAAUGGUUGAAACAAGAGAAGCCGUUUCCAAGUUCAAGAGAGUCGCCUCUCUUUUGACUAGAGGGUCCGGUCAAAGGAAGAUUAGGAAACUCAACAACAACUUCAAGUUGUUUAGGUCUCCUUUGUUUCCUCCACACAUCUUCUUGGAAAGUCCCAUUUGCAGUAAUAAUGCUAUAAGUGGUUUCAUUCCAAUUCUAGCACCAAAGCCUCUUCAGAUGAUACCACCUGCUGCUGCUGCUGCUGCUAGUUAUAGUGAAAUUGACCCAAAACAGAAACUGGGUCAUCCUCCAAUGAUGAUGCUUAACCAGAAAAUUUGUGUUGACAAGUCGUAUCUGGAGCUAAAGCCACCGGCUUUUCGAGCUAUUGAUCCAAAACCAUAUCAGUUUCUCCAUAACCAGCCGCAAGCAGUGUACUCUAGGAGCAAUAGUGGUUUAAAUCUGAAGUUUGAUGGGUCUGUUGGUGGUAGUUGCUGUUCCCCAAGUAUGUCGAAUGGAUCAAGAUCGUUUAUUUCUUCUCUUAGUAUGGAUGGUAGUGUGACGGAUUACGAUAGAAACUCGUUUCAUUUGAUCGGAUUGCCUCAGGGAUCCGAUCAUAUAUCGCAGCAGUCCAGGAGGACUAGCUGUUCUGGUAGUUUCAAGUGUGGAAGUAGAAGCAAAUGUCAUUGUUCCAAGAAAAGGAAAAUGAGGGUGAAACGAUCGAUUAAAGUACCAGCAAUCAGUAACAAGAUUGCGGAUAUACCUCCUGAUGAAUAUUCAUGGAGGAAAUAUGGACAAAAGCCAAUAAAGGGUUCUCCUCAUCCUAGAGGAUACUAUAAAUGCAGCAGCGUGCGAGGUUGUCCAGCAAGGAAGCAUGUGGAACGAUGUGUAGAUGAAACUUCUAUGCUUAUUGUGACUUAUGAAGGCGAGCAUAACCAUUCAAGAAUACUCUCUUCCCAAUCAGCUCAAACUUGA